GUUAGACAAGCUCGCCUGGAUUCAGCAGCCAGCAGCUGUCACCUCCGCUCCUCUGGGGAAGCCGCCUGCACCCCAGGGAGGAGGCAGCGCGGCUCCUGUCCUAGAAGCCACCGUGGGGCUUGUUAAGUGUUCCCCAAAGGUGGCUGCUGGAGAGGAGGCGGAGCUGAACUAAUGCCAGGGACCGUGGCGGCGGCAGCAGCUCCAGCCCCUUCACUGCACCAACCUGCGGGCUGGCUGGAGAGAGAGCCCAGCCCCUCCCUCUUCAGCAGCAGCGGAGCAGCCGCCGCUACCACCUCCCCGCCCCGGCUCUCUCCGGCCCAGGGUCCCAGCCAGUGCCGCGAGAAAGCGCCUUGCGCUGCGCCCGCUCCGGACUGCAGCUGCCUGCCGGCGGGGGCAACAAGCCGCAGCUGCAUCUUGGAGCAUCUGCUGUCCUGAGUCCUCCUGCUCCCCUCCCAGCUCCCCCCUCCACACCUGCAGCUCUUCUUCCCCUCCCCCUCCCUUCUGAAUUAUUUCUCCUCCUCCCUCUUUUCCUCCCCCCCCACCACCUGGUGCCUCCUAAUUCCUUGGUUUCCUCUGGUUUUCCUUGGACUCUGCCUUGUCAUGUCAAGAUGGAAGUCAGGCAUGACUGGCUCGCCUCUUCCCCCCACGAGGGCUUCGAGCAGCUGAGGCUGAAGAGCCGCCCCAAAGAGCCAUCCCCGAGCCUCCCCAGAGUAGGUGCCAACUUCUACAGCACUGUCAAGCAGCAGGACUUCAGUGCCAGUGUCUGGCUGAGGAGGAAAGACCAACUGGAGCAUUCCCAGCAAAAAUGCAUUGUGAUCUUUGCACUGGUGUGCUGCUUUGCGAUUCUGGUUGCACUGAUAUUUUCUGCAGUGGAUAUAAUGGGAGAAGAUGAGGAUGGACUCUCAGAAAAGAAUUGUCAAAAUAACUGUCGGGUUGCUCUUGUGGAAAACAUUCCUGAAGGUAUAAACUAUUCAGACAGUGCACCAUCCCACUUGUCUCUUUUCCAAGGCUGGAUGAAUUUGCUUAAUAUGGCUGAAAAGUCUGUUGACAUAGUAUCUUCCCAAUGGGACCUCCAUCACAGUCAUCCAUCUGCAUGCCAGGGCCAGCAUCUUUUUGAAAAAUUGCUAGAACUGGCGUCUCGAAAUAUUGAGAUAAAACUAGUGAGCGAUAUACUGCCCACCGAAUCAAAGGUAUUAAACGACUUGAAAACAAAGGGGAAGAGUGAAACAGGACCCUGUGCUGAGGUGGCCAACAGAAUGGGGGGUGCAGAAGUGCUGUAUAUGAAUAUGACUGCUUAUAAUGAAGGUCGCCUUCAAUCAUCAUUCUGGAUUGUUGAUAAACAGCAUGUAUAUAUUGGAAGUGCCAGCUUAGACUGGAGGUCAUUGGGACAGAUGAAAGAACUUGGUGUCAUUGUGUACAACUGCAGCUGCCUCGUCCUAGAUUUACAAAGGAUAUUUGCCUUGUAUAGCUCAUUAAAAUACAAGAAUAAAGUGCCUCCAAGUUGGUCUAAGAGAUUGUAUGGGGUGUAUGAUACUCAAAAGAAACUGAAGCUGCAGCUGAAUGAGACAAAAUCAGAAGUCUUUGUGUCGAAUUCUCCCAAACUCUUUUGUCCAAAAGACCGAGUCUUGGAUAUUGAAGCUAUCUACAAUGUUAUAGAUGAUGCCAAACAGUUUGUUUAUAUAGCUGUCAUGGAUUACCUCCCUAUUGUCUUUGACACAAAUGCUAAAAGGUACUGGCCAUAUUUGGAUGGGAAGAUAAGAGAAGCACUAGUGUUACGAAGUAUUAAAGUCCGGCUCCUCAUAAGUUUCUCAAAAGACACUGAUCCCCUUACAUUUAACUUUGUUUCAUCUCUUAAAGCUAUUUGCACUGAGGUUCCCAGCUGUAGUUUAAAAGUUAAAUUUUUUGAUCUUGAAGAGGAGAAUGCUUGCUUUCUCAAAGAACAAAAGAAUACUUCCCUUCCCAAAUUAAACCGGAAUAAAUAUAUGGUGACUGAUGGAGCUGCUUAUAUUGGUAAUUUUGACUGGGUGGGAAACGAUUUUACUCAAAACGCGGGAGCUGGCCUCGUUAUCAACCAAGAAGACAUGGGGAACAACACAAGCAUUGUUAAGCAACUUAAAGCCGUGUUUGAAAGGGACUGGUAUUCACACUAUGCCAAAAGUUUGCAACCAACAAAAAUCCCAAACUGCUUAAACUACAAACUUAACAAAGCAGUGGCAAAUAAGACUGCCAUGAAUUAAAAAGACUAUUUUACUGUAUGAUGAAUGAAGAAAUACAUCGGGGCUGCUGUAAGCCUAUUUCAUAUUUACAGAUAAGACUACAAAAAGGCAAAAAAAAAUUUUUUUUUUU